UUGCCCACUGCACACGGCACUUGACCUUCCUGAAACACUUCUAGGAUGGGCUCCAGAGGACCUCACCCUCCCUCCUAAACUGUAAAAACGGGCUUCUCACAGUGUUCAGAAGAAAGCUAAAUUAAUCUCAGACAGCCAGAUAUUGAGUUACAGUGGCAACUGAGAAAUGCUUUUCAGCUGUACCAUGUUUCAAUGAUCCAGCCUUUUUGUGGCCUUUUAAGUUAAAGAUAAAAAGUUAAGGGUAGCUGUUCAACAGGGAUCACGGCACCACUGUGCUUUUCUUUCCUAGAUCAGAAGAUCGAAGUAUACUAUCCAGAUUAGGAUACUUAUCAUUAAGUGCUGGGUAUUUCAGGUCCAGAAGCAACAAAUCCAGACCAAGACUUUGUUUCUACCAACCAGCUAAGUACUCUGUGACUGUGACUCUUUAUGUUUAACUGAUCAGUAGAAACAAAAUCUUGGUCUGGAUUUGUAGCUUCUGGAUCUGAAAUGCCCAACACUGCAUAUCAUUUAAUGCAAAACUGAUGUAACAUUAUGAAUGAAAGCCUGGAUUAUUUGCGUGAUUAAAAAAAAACAACAAACAAACAAAAACAAGACUUCAAACAACAUCAGAACAUAGUACAGAUUUCUUUUCCAGUCUACUGGCACUAAGUCUAUUUCUGACAGACCACAUGCUAUAUUUUGCUGUAUUUCUGUACCUCUCACUGUUUUCCCCAAACAGGCAGCUAGCCUAAGCUGGGACAGCAUCCAAAUGCCUCUGAACAUGCAGACUCAUAGUAAAUCAAAGGUUUCAGUGGCCGCUCUUGAUAAAACACAGUCCAUCGGCUCAGAAGCAGCCGUGGGCCCCGCGAACAACCCCACCAUGUUCGCGUGUGACAGACACUGUCGCUACACCUGCUGGCACCACGGGAGUCCGCUUACAGGCGGGGAGGGGUCGGAUACCAUUACACACGACCUCCACGGGCAGCAGAGCGUCAUGAAUAAUUAGGAGGCCUUAGCUCUGCAAGCCGUCCUGUCCUCCGACGUUGUCUAUCCUCGGAGAAACAUGGAUCUGUCGGCCCUCCCCAACAAUAAUCACCCGGAGAAAUUCCUCCAACUGAAUGUCAGUUCCUUACCUGCAACUCAUGGGAUGUUCCAGGUCGGGUGCACGGCUGGGGCCGCGCUGUCGGGACAGAGGCAAUGGCAGAACCGGGUCUACAUGCAGAGGGAGCAGAGGAGACUGACCGGCGACAGGCCGUCUCUGGAAAGCAGCCCCGUGUUUGUGGACGGCGUCUUGGAGAAGCACGUCACGCCGAUGACGCUGAAACCGAAAAUCAAGAGGAACCCCCUCUACUCAGACAUGCAGACGGCAGAAAGCUGGGAGAGCAGAAAGUCAAAGCCUUCGUGGACGGUGCAGGAGUACGACAGGCAUCCUGUACACUCUCAUCUAUCGGAUUAUUUAAAGGAGGACCCCAAGGAUCUGAGCUUUUGGCUGGAAGAUCUCUACACCCCAGGCUAUGACUCGCUGCUGAAAAGGAAGGAAGCGGAACAGAGACGAAAUAAAAUGUGUAAAAUGGCGGCUUUAGUUAUCGUGUCCGUGCUCGCAGUCAUUAUAAUCAUUACCGUGCCAGUAGUAGUUACAAAAAAUUAAACGAUGGCUUAUGCAUUGCCAAGUACACACAUAAUUAAUUAUUUUUACAAGUGAUGAUCUCUUAACAAAGUUUGUCUUUUUUAAUGUGUGCGAUUAAAGACGCAUAUAUUUUUUAUUGUUCCACUUAGCUGUUGUUUCUGAUCAAUUAAGCGCAUGGCAAGCCUCCAUGCAGAAUCCAUAAAUGCAGAAUCCGAUGCUUGACUGUGCGGCACUUGUGCCAGAGAUGAGUGAUUGUCUUGUCAGAAUGACCCUUCAGCAAUUCCUUAGAUUGAACCGUUUAGUGCUUAUUGUAGGCUACUCUUCGCAUUAGCUAAAUCACAAAUCCCCAGUCAAUGCAGACACUAGACGAAAAAACUUAAAUGUUGGAAGGCUAUACAGACAAUAAAUAAUAGGCUGUAUUUCAUAGAUUACGUGGGCAUUGAUGUAUUAAAAUGCACAGUGCGUGCAUGCCUUUAUAUCACUUUGUAUAGAGACCGCACAGUGGAGUAUAAUAAGAAUGAUUUUGUGCAUGUCUCAAAUGAAUUCCUGAAUGAUUCUUGUGUGUUUCAAAUGAAUUUCCGAAUGAGAUCAUUCAGGCACGAAUGAGAAGUAGGAGGCUGAGAAGUGGAAUGUGCGCAAACUAGGGCAGGCAAGGGAAGAUAGGCGUCCGCGGCAUCAGAAGUCUAUUACGGGGAGCCCGAAGGCGCGCCCGCUCCUCUGCACCGGGUCCACCGGAGGCUGCCGUAUUAUUGUUAGGGUCUAAAAAUAGCUAGAGAGCUAUUCAGUAAUUACAGCACCACUCCAUCCACUCCCGUGAUGGAACAUGGCCUUUCCACUGUCGAGGACUUCUUUUGUUUACUGGACUACUUGACAAAUUUCAUUAAAGAAAAGAUAUUAGUUGCAUCUGUCAGGUUACUUUUAAUACGCAUUUUGUAAUAUAUGUACAAUAUAUAGGCCUACUAAAGUAAAUUAAAUAUGUACAUUCUUGGAAAUAAAAUGCUCUCUCAAAUGCAUAAACAUUAAAUCAUGUAUAGAAGAAAUCAUAUCCGGGAACUUGUUGCGUCAUUUUCUAAUGUAAUUUUGUGUGUAAUAUGUUACCAAACUCCUGCCUUACGCGUAAAGCGCCCGAUCACAGAGCAUUAAGGUAAAAUACUGCAGUUGUACCACUAGAGGGCACUCCAGCACAAUGGGAAAAUGCGUGAGCGCUACAAAUAUCCUGUUUCAAGAGGUGUCACCAUCGCUCUCUUCGGAUUUCUUUUUUUCAAAAUGUCUAUGCACAAUCCCUGCAGUUUUUAUUUAUUUUGCUGGAAACAUUAUAUUUCACUACACUUGCAGUAAAUUAUUCUGAAAUGCCGAGGCAAACAAAUUUCAUACUCUGAUUUGUGUGAAAAUGUUGAUUUUCAAUACAAUCAUAUAGGCCUAACUUUAUUUGGAAAUAUCUACUUUACCAUAUUAAAAACUUUUUCUGAAUGUGCGUUGCAAAUAAGGUUACGUUAUGUGGGAUUUUUAAGUGACAAUAUCUAUCCAAAGUUGUAGGUCGGUGUUUGAGGUGGUUUUUCUGGAGCAGUGAGCUAUUUUUGUCUGUGAGGUUACUGGUGUGGUAUUUAAUCAACGUGCUCAUACGAUAUUAGUAACCAAAAAAUAGUAACCAAAGUCAAAUUCCACAAUGCAAGAGCAAGCACAUAUGCAAAGCCUAUACGAUUUAAUCAAACCAUGGGUUUUAAUGUAUAUUCCUACAGUUCUUGUUAUAUAAAGCUCCAACGUGUCAUUUUGUUUGUAUUAUUUAACAAACAAGUUACUUGUUUAUCGAAGGACAUCCUUUGGUUUUGGCAGUAACACAUUAUUUAGUUACUUAAAUUAAAAUGUUAAUUUACAUAAGAAAUUUAAAAAC